AUGUCUCCCGCGCGUGUAGCCGUCAUUGGUGCGGGAGUCGUGGGCCCUGUCGCGGCCAUGUUGCUCAAGCAGAAGGGGUACGACGUGGUCCUCUAUGAACGUCUCGACUCCCCCUCUGAGGCAGGCCUCGGUCUCGCAAUCCAGCAAAAUGGACAGGCGGUGCUCGCCAGAAUUCCGGGACUCGUCAAACACAUUGACGGUCACCCAAUGGACGAGUUCCACUUCUACUCGGUCAUGCCCGAGGAUCCCGGUCUCCUUGGUAUCAGCGACCACCCGCGCCGGCAUCGUGAGAUGAGUGCGCUCGGGUCCACCAGCGUGCAGCGGCCGGUCCUGCAUAAACGACUCACCGAGUUCGCGAAGAAGCUUGGGAUUCCUGUCAACUUCGGUCACAAGCUUGAGAAGCUCGAGCAGACAGAAGACAGCGUUACCGUUACCUUCGCCAAUGGCGUGCAGGAAACUUUCAGCUUCGUGGUCGGCUGCGACGGCUUGCACAGUAACACUCGUAGUUGUCUCUUUGGGGAGACAUCUGCAGACUACACAGGCGUGUCUCAAUGGGGUGGCUUGUCCCCCACUCCCGAGUUCUGGAAGGGAAAACGCGCACCGGCGGACCUGUACGGAAACGGGGCGCACAUGAUUGUUGUCCCUGUGAGCGACUCGUUGAUGACCUGGGCGCUUUCCCAACGUGGACCAGAGUUCAAGGAGGAGUGGAGGUCAAUCGAUGCCGCAGCGGCUGAACACUUCAAGAAAAACUCGCCGUUUAGCCAAUGGCCCUUCGGCGCCGGUGAGUUGGUCAGGAACAGCUUGAAGAUAGUCAGGUAUGGUAUCUAUGACCGCCCAGAGUUGAAGACUUGGUUCCGGGGACGGGUCGUCCUCAUCGGCGAUGCGGCGCACCCCACAAGCCCCUUUCUCGGAAUGGGCGCGAAUCAAUCCUACGAGGACGUCGGCCUCCUGAUUGACCUCCUCGAGAAGUACAGCCCCUCGACGGAAUCUCCGUCGACGGAUACGCUGGCUGCAGCCUUCACAGAGCUCGAGCGGGUGCGUCUGCCACGCACGGCGGACCUUGUCAAGAGGGCGCGCAUACAAGGCGAGACGCGUGUCGUCUCGGGCGUCGAGGCAUGCAUCAAGCGUAACAACUACUACCGCGAUGUAUGCAAUGAUCCUGUCAAAUUUAAAGCACGUUUUGGAAUACUAGUAUGA